AUCUUCCGUUGUUCAUUCGUUCACCUACCGAACCGACCUCCCCAAGGAAAACAGUCAGUCUCGCCACGAAACAAGCAAAGCUCUAGUAACUCUAGUUCCGCCAUCCCAGCUGCCACCUAUCGUAAAAUCGCUCAAGCCAGUCGACUGAAAGUAGUCGUCAGCGUGUGUAGGUUGACAAUAGUUCACCAUGGCUGCUCCUAACUUCCGAAGCGCCUCCCUUUCGGCUCCCCAGACCCGCGACGUCUCCCCUCCGCCCAACUUCCGCCUACGUUGCGCCGCUCCCUUGCGCCAGAGCUCGCUCGACAGCUUUCGCGCCAAGGUCAAGCCGCUCGUGAUUGCGCGUCCCGCCUCCGCUGACGAGGCGCCAGGCGAGCGCCACCCGCUGGAGAUCUGGGAGAUCAACUACGACGAGAUUUUCCCCAACUCGGCGCGCCUCGCGAAGCAGUUUGCGGAGAACUCGCUCACGCUGACCCCCCGGUCCAGCGCCGCAUCACCCGCCGUGACAACCGCCGUGACACCCGCCGUGACAACCGCCGCAACUGCAGCGCCCUGCGCAGCGGCCCAGCAGUCUACUCCCCGUGACCGCCUUCCGCAGCCUCUCUCCUCGCCUUUUCCCGACGCCGAUGAUUCUAGCCCGCUAUCCGAACUCGCAUCCCCCUCAUCUCCCCCCACCAUAACCAUCCCCGCGCGAGCCCUCCAUAAUAUCACGUCCCCCGUCUCGUUUCCCCAGCUGCGCUCGCGCAUGCUGGGCUGCAAGCUCGGCACGCCGUGCGUUGUGGCGCUCGCGCGCACGCCCGGCGAUCCCGGCGCGUGGGACGCGGACGACGAGGAGUACGAGUCGGUGGAGAGCAGUCGGCGGCGGUUUCGGCGCUCCGGCAGCACCAGCGGAAGCCACCAGUGGCCCGGCGGAAAGUUGACGGCAGGUAGCGUCGGCGGUGUAGGCGGGGACUACAAAGAGCGCGCGCGGGGCCCGUCUCCGUUGUCUGGGCGCGCCGGGGGGGUUAGCGGAGUAAGUGGAACAGGAACGGGGCGGGUACUCGUUAAGAGGAGCUCCGAUCCCAUUGUGAGGAGCCCGAGAGAGACGCCAAACCAAGUGGUUGACCGCGGGAUGGCGCAUCACGCGUCCCGGCUGCAGCAGGUUCGGAGCGCCGAACCUGAGGCUCGGCAUCGGCUGGCGCGGACAAGCAGCAGAGGCUCGGAGACAUCGGCGCGCAGUUCUUCCGCGGGCCGGCGGCGACGGUCGGCCGGACGAUUUGGCGAGUCCGCGAGCGUGGGUUCGCAGAAGGUUCGCAUGACGGUGCAGUUUUACUCAGAUCUUCUUGAUCCCUGCGCGAUUGGCGCGCUGGCUGCGCCUUCCGCUGCGCCUUCCGCUUCUGCUGCGAGCUCCGCGCGACGAGAUCAGAGGUCCCCCAUUCGGGCAACCCAGAGUGGAGGAGAAGGGGAAGAAAAUAUGCGCGCACGCGGAAACGGCGGAAAGAGCGCGGGGAGGAGUACCCGUGCAGCUGGCGGGAACGUGCAGAGCCCGCAUUGCGGGAGGGGAUCGCGCGGAGGGGGUGUGAGGGAGGGACUUGCUGCUGCGGCAACUGCGGCUGCUGCGGCGACGGGCCCCUGCCGCGUGCUCUCGCUGUGCUGAAGGCAGUACCGUGUCCGCGUUUGAGGCACGAAGGACACUAAGAUUGGCAGCUAUCACACCCAGCGGAUCUACAACAACAAUCAGUAGGCAUAGGUUUAUUCCUUCAUUCUUUUGAGUUACAGCCAUUCUGUAACUCGUAACGAACAUUUAUGUCCGUGGUGCCCUGUACAGAUGUAGGCAAUUCACUACUAGCAAACUUCUACAGCUCCGUGCUAUGUUGAGUGUUCAUUAGGUGCUUACUCUUAGGAUGUGAUUGUUAAAAUUAUAUAAGUUAUAUAUAAUUGAUAGGCUUGGUAGUUGAUACUGAACAGU